AUGUCUCAAACAGAAAGAACAUUUAUUGCCGUCAAACCAGAUGGUGUCCAAAGAGGAUUAGUUUCUCAAAUCCUUUCCCGUUUUGAAAAACGAGGUUAUAAACUAGUCGGUAUUAAGAUGCUCAAUGCUAGUGAAGAAUUAUUAACUCAACAUUAUGCUGAGCAUGUUGGUAAACCAUUUUUCCCAAAGAUGGUUUCAUUCAUGAUGUCUGGUCCAAUUGUCGCUACUGUUUGGGAAGGUAAAGAUGUAGUUAAACAAGGUAGAACUAUCUUGGGUGCUACUAAUCCAUUGAGUAGUGCUCCAGGUACCAUUAGAGGUGAUUUUGGAAUUGAUUUGGGUAGAAAUGUUUGUCACGGUAGUGAUUCUGUCGAGAGUGCUGAACGUGAAAUCAAUUUAUGGUUUAAGAGUGAAGAACUAACUUCAUGGGAAUCUAACCAAUCUAAGUGGAUUUAUGAAUAA